AUGAUCUGGACCCGAGAUGGGCGUGCGAAGGACCCCCGACUUUGCACAACAAGCCCACACCUCGGUGUAAGGCAGGGGCGGAAAAAGGACUACGGACGCAUCAAAAUGCACAUCGCUUCCCACAACGUCAGGACAUUAUCGACAGACUCUCUCCUGGACGUAUAUCUACAACAACUGGAAAAGAUCAAAGCCGACAUUAUCGGUGUAUGCGAAACUAGGAGAGCACGCGCUGUCUCAGCGAGGUGGACAAGCGGUGAAGAAAUUCUGCUGGGAGAAGGAGCCAACAAUGUGCCCAGAACAGGUGGAGUCGGUUUCAUCAUAAAAGCGAAAAUGGUCCCGUACAUUAUUUCUUGUGAUAUCAUAUCCCCACGUGUCGCUGUUCUGAAGGUCAAACUACAAAAGUUGGGAAAUCGAACGCUCAAAAUGGUGCAAGUAUAUGCGCCCACCAUCUCAGCGGAGGACGAUGAAAUCGAACGUUUCUACGAAGAAAUAGAGAUGGCAUUGAAGCUUAAAUCGACAUACACUAUUGUUCAAGGCGAUUUCAACGCAGUUGUCGGCUCCCGAUUGGACGAAACGGAAUACCUCAUAGGAAGGUACGGCGCAGGAGUAAGAAAUGACAGAGGAAACCGUUUGAUCGAAUUUGCAGAACAACAUCGAUUCUCAAUAAUGAACACUUUCUUCGAGAAGAAAACGAAGCGUCUCUGGACAUGGAGAAGCUCAGACACGAGAACUCUGAGGCAAAUUGAUUAUGUGCUGACCGAUACGCCAAGAUUGUUUGCUGACUCGAAAGGUGGUGCUUUUCCCGAAGUCACCUUGAUCACAGAUGACCCAGAUGUACGGGAAAUCAACCUCGGGCUUUCGCCUGGUUUCACAUUCGACACCCGUUGCUAUACGUAUGCAGUGAACGUGACAUUUGUGAAUGAUGCUAAUGAGUUUGUAAAGUCAAAAGAGAGAUGCUACUGUGAGACAAAUUUCCUGAUUAACGAUUAG